GUAAAAAAUCUGUGUUCCCAAGUGUACAGUCAUCCUUAAACUACCGGAAUUAGGUAAUAGUACCUAUUAUCAUAACAUUAGAUUAUUGUAUUGUCGAGAGAAAGGCGUUCAUUGUUAUCGUCAAAAAUUUCGUGGUCACUUUUACCUGGUACCGCUUUUACCUCAAAACUAAUUAAGGAACCUGUCCACAGCACCAUGCCACUCUUGGCUACAGUUGAUAACUGAAAUCAUUAAGCAAUAGUACUGGAUAGAUGUCAAUAGGUUAAUGUUCGUAGUCAGAUAAUCGACGUACUUUUUGUUAAAUCAUUUGCUAGAGGAGAUUAUAAUAGUCUAGUUCCUGUCAGUGUGUGGAGAAUAGUGUAAUUUUAAAAAUGAAAAUUCUUGUAUUAAUUUUUUUGAAUUUUGUCGUAACCUGUAAAUAUAUUUGUGGUUACGAAAUAUUAGCAAUAUUUCCGCACAGUGCGCGAAGUCAUCAUAUUUAUUUCACGCCGCUAGUUGAAGAAUUGGCAACGAAGCAACAUAAUGUGACAGUGAUCAACUACCACCCUGUGCAAAAACAACCUUUUCUCCGUCAAAUAUCUCUGCAGGAUAGAGAAAAUGCGAGUGCUUGUGUUGAUAUCGAGAAACGCAUGGAAGUUCUUUCUGUGUCUGAUUUUUCCUUGGCAUAUGCGACUGCUCAGGUGUUCAAAAAUAUUGCGAACACAAAUUGUCAGAAGCUGAUGAAUAAUCGAGAAGUACAGAACUUAAUACGGUCACGAGCACAUUUCGAUUUAGUUAUAGUUGAGCAGUUUGUGACGGAUUGUGGUUUGGCUGUUGCAUACAAGUUGAAUGCGCCGGCUAUAGGAAUAGCUGCUCAUAUUUUGAGCCCAUGGACCUACUCAAGAUUGGGUGCGCCUAACAACCCAGCAUACGUGCCGAACCAUUUCUUUGGAUCUGGAACGAAACCGGACUUAUUUAAUAGAAUAAAAAGUGUUCUAAUAAACUUCGGGAUGAAUAUGUACUACACUCAUGUGAUACAGAGAAGUGACCAAGAGAUUGUGAAUGCUGUGUAUCCCGACACGCCACUAUUGGAAGAUCUAGGGAAGAAUAUGUCUCUAAUAAUGAUAAAUCAGUAUUUUACUUUAACGAGUCCACGUUUGUACAGUUCUAACGUCGUGGAAGUUGGUGGAAUGCACAUUAAUUCCAAAUACCCCAUAGAAGAUCAGAGCUUAAUCAACUUUUUGGAUUCGUCUAGCAAUGGAGUGGUUUACAUCAGUUUUGGGAGCGUGGCAUCAAACUUUCCCCGUAGAAUAACGAAUGAAAUAAGAAAAUUCGUUGAGAAGAGCAAUAUGCGAUUUAUUUGGAAAUCAGAUAUAACCGACUGGGUUCCUCCUAGCAACGUGUUUCUGGGGAAAUGGAUGCCGCAAGCAGCCGUCCUAUGUCAUCGGAAUGUGGUUGGUUUUAUAUCACACUCUGGAAUGCUGAGUACAUCGGAAGCUAUGCAUUGUGGCGUGCCUAUCAUUAGUGUACCUCUGUUUGGAGAACAGUUUGCUAAUGGAAAGUCUGCUGUCGAGAGCGGUUUGGGAGUUUCCUUAGAUAUAUUGACUUUGAAUGCAAAACUUCUUGAAGAGGCCUUACAAACCAUACUCAAAGAACAGUACCAGAAGAAAGCGAAGGAACUAUCACAGCUCUGGAAGGACAGGCCGCUGUCUCCAAUGGACACAGCCAUCUUCUGGAUUGAGUAUGUGGCCAGAAAUAAGGGUGCAGUCAACUUGAAGCCACCGACAGUGGACAUGCCACUGUAUCAGUAUUUGAUGAUAGAUGUGGCGUUGAUAAUAGUAGCAUCAGUUGCAAUAACAUUCUACAUCUUAGUGAAAGUCUUGUCACUAGUCUUAAUAGCUCUCUUUGGAAAACACAAACUAAAACGAAAGAAGAUAGAUUAGGAUUAAAAUAAGUAAGGAUAAAAUCUAGUUUAUUUAGGUUAAGAAUAACAGUUUAUUAGAAUGACGAAGUAAUUAUUAUGGAGAAUUGCGCCUUAGGGAUGAAAUUAUAACAGAAAAGAAAUAUCAAAUAAGCUGUUUUAUUAACUUUUCUGGACAAUACUCAACUUAUGAAUGUAAAUAAUAAAUAAAUAGACCAUACAAA